CAAUCUAAAAAACACUGACAAAGAAAUCAUCAAACAGAAGACGUCACUGGCCCCAUCUUCACUCCCAAUUCCAAUUCCAAUUCUCGCCGCAUCAAAAACAUGGUUCGAUCUUCCGAUGAUACUGAAAAUAAGAAUGUGAUCAAGAAGCUUAAAGAUGUUGAAAUUAGUGUUCCCAUCGUUUAUGGUAACAUUGCAUUCUGGCUUGGAAAGAAAGCAAGCGAGUAUCAGUCUCACAGAUGGACAGUUUAUGUCAGAGGGGCGACUAAUGAGGAUCUGAGUGUAGUGGUUAAACGAGUUGUGUUCCAAUUGCAUUCUAGUUUUAAUAACCCAAUGCGGGUGGUAGAAUCUCCCCCUUUUGAGUUAUCCGAGUCUGGCUGGGGUGAAUUCGAAAUUGCUAUUACUCUUCAUUUCCAUAAUGAUGUUUCUGAGAAACCAAUGCACUUGUAUCAUCACUUGAAGUUAUAUCCAGAGGAUGAUUCUGGUUCCAUGUCAGUCAAGAAACCUGUCGUCGUGGAGCAAUAUGAUGAAGUCGUCUUUGCUGAGCCAUCCGAGGCGCUAUUUGCACGUGUUCAGAAUCAUCCAGCUGUGGUUGUCCCUAGGCUACCUGCCGGGAUCUCCUUACCCCCUGUUCCAGCUGAGGAUGCAGAUAGAAGAAAGAGGUUUGAUCCUAAAGACAAUCCUCUUACACAGUGGUUUACAAAUUUUUCGGAAGCAGAUGAGCUCUUAAAACUUGCAGCUGCUCGUCAACAGGUGCAAACUCAAAUUGCGAGAGUAAGACGGCAGCUAAGCUUAAUCGAUGGCCAACAUCAACACCACUUAAAACCGCCAUCCGAGUUAUAGAAUUAUAUACAUUACUUACUUUGAUAGUUUGGGAACUUUUCCCUUGAGAAAACACCUAGACCAGAUAAAACUGUAAUGUACCUGUGUUCCAUCUGUAUUGUUGUACUAUUUUUACCCGUAUCUCUUCACUGUGUGUAAUUCUGUUGGAUAUCUGAUAAACUUUAUUUGGAAGACAAUUUGUUACCA